GCUCUGUUUGUCCUUUGCUGCGUGCCGUCCGGAUUUACGUGGCACUUUCGCUGGGGCUCACGUUUCCUUUCUCAAGCCUCGUCAACGCAAACUCCACCUCUGCAAGUUGAUGCCUCGCCGGAACCUCACGGACUCGGAGUACCUCUCACCUCCACAGAGCAGAGUGGGCGAUAAAUAAGAAGAAAUGUACACCUUUUCGGAACUCCUGGUCCUUGCGGCAGUAUUAUCCGCCACUGCUUCUGGGUACUUUGUCAGUAUAGAUGCCCACGCCGAGGAGUGCUUCUUCGAGCGCGUCAACUCUGGCACCAAGAUGGGCCUCAUGUUCGAGGUAGCCGAGGGAGGCUUCCUCGACAUCGAUGUGGAGAUUACAGGACCAGAUGGGAAACAGAUUUAUAAAGGCGACCGAGAGUCCAGUGGGAAGUACUCUGUGGCUGCCCACAUGGAUGGUACCUACAAGUUCUGCUUCAGCAACAAGAUGUCUACCAUGACACCCAAGAUCGUUAUGUUCACCAUUGACAUCGGAGAGGCGCCCAAGGGAGAUGGAAUGGAGACGGAAGGGGGGGGUGACACCUGGGAUGCGCACCAAAACAAGCUGGAGGAGAUGAUCAACGAGCUGGCAGUUGCCAUGACGGCAGUUAAGCACGAGCAGGAGUACAUGGAGGUUCGGGAGAGGAUACACAGAGCGAUCAAUGACAACACGAACAGCAGAGUUGUCCUGUGGUCCUUCUUUGAAGCACUGGUGUUGGUCGCCAUGACCCUGGGACAGAUUUAUUACCUGAAGAGGUUUUUCGAAGUGCGGAGGGUCGUUUAAAAGAAGAAAGCAUUUUCCCCCCUUUUGCAUCUGCCCACCCCCCCACCGGAGCAUUAAGACUGAAAAUAAGACCCCACUCUCUGAAAAGCCUUCUGUUUUUUUUCUCCCUAAUCCAUUGGUUUUGUUUCCCUGUCUCUCUUUUGAAGGCAUCAUUUUGGCUUUGAAUCCCCCCCCCCACAUACUGUGUUAAAUUCACUUCUAAUUAAUAUUCCAGUUAGUUUUCAGACUUCACCCUUAGAGAAGCUAUUUAUUUGACUUGGCUUUGUAUGAAACUCCAUGGACAGAACCUGCUAUAUGCAGCAGGGAGGCAGCUCUGCGUCUCACCUGUGCUGAUGACAAUGGGCCCGGGUUUAGCAGCUGAGAUACUGUAACCUGUACAGGAGUGGUUUGGACACGUUUAUAUGGGUCAUCAGCUUAGCGGUGGGCCUAAGUACUUGGAUGAGCAUUUAGACUAGUCUCAUUUUACCAGAUACACGUUUUUCUGGGUAUAACCAGCUUAUGGUUUCAUUCAGGAUCCACCUUUCAUGUGGCUUCUGCUAAACAGAAGCCAAAACAUUCUCUGUCCAUUCCUGUGUCCACAGCAGACGUACAUGAAGUCCGGGGAAGAGUUUUAGUUGUAAAAAUUUGCUACUGGUUUUGGAGGAUGUGGUUUAAAAAACCAGGUUUUACUGAGUACUGAGGGUGUAAAAAGCUUGUACUACUGUCCUGUAAUUAAGGGGGGAAAUUAGCAGAAGGGGGUUACAUCCUUAGUAUCUGGGUUAUUCAGUGUGUUCUGUGUUCUUUUUGUUCCUUUUGGGGGAAAAUGUCUGAGCCACAGUUUGUUUUGGGCUGCGGUGAGUACUGUCCGUAGUUCGAUGUAAUGGAGAACAGCUAAGCCAAAAUUGUAAAGCAUGAAAGGUGUAGUCAAUUAAACAAAACCUCUUUUUAAAUAGCAUUUUAAGUGUUUUUCCAUGGACAUCUACACACAGCACAGAUUUUGGGUAUCAUUUUGGGUAUAUUCACACCUAGAAACAAUAGAUAAAAACUGGAGCUGAGUUCUAUAGUUAUUUGCCAAGUGGGGAGGAUUUUUUUAGCCCUUUAUAUAUUCAUUGUUGAAAUAAAAUAUAAAUUUGUUUUUGGUGAA